AUGGUGGUGAAAGAAGACGAGCCUGGUUUGUUCGAUAAUUUGCAGGGGAAGGGUUUGGGAAUCGAUAGGCAAGCCCUUGUUGCACCUGUGAUGAAUGCCGUCGACAAGUUCCAAUUAGUCCCUGAAUUCUUGAAGGUAAGAGGACUUGUGAAACAACACUUGGACUCCUUCAAUUAUUUCGUGAGGACAGAGAUAAAAAAGAUUGUUCAAGCCAAUGAUCUCAUAACCUCUAGCAUUGACCCGAGUAUUUAUUUGAGAUACACAGAUGUUCGUAUUGGUAAGCCAUCAUUGACGAUAGAUGGAUCUUCCGAAGAGCUCACUCCCCAAACGUGUCGGCUAUCAGAGAUCACAUAUGCUUCCCCAAUAUACGUGAACAUAGAAUAUAUUACAAGAAGCGGCCGUGGUUCAAGGGAAACCCAAACAAAGAAGGACGUAACUAUUGGAAGAAUGCCUAUCAUGUUAAGAAGUUGUUGUUGCAUUUUGUACGGGAAGGAUGAAGAAGAACGUUCCAGAUAUGGUGAAUGCCCACUUGAUCCUGGAGGAUAUUUUAUCGUCAAAGGUGCAGAGAAGGUGAUAAUGAUACAAGAACAACUAUCAAAGAACAGGAUAAUCAUUGAUGUUGAUAGAAUGGGCAGGGUGCAAGCAUCUGUCACGAGCCUAACACAGAAAAAAAAGAGUUUGACGGUUAUAAAAAUGGAGGGAGAGAAGUUUUAUGUAUACCUGAACCAGUUUAAGACCAAGGUUCCAAUCAUGGUUGUCAUGAAAGCUAUGGGUAUGGAAAGUGAUCAAGAGGUUGUCCAGAUGAUUGGAAGGUACCCUCGGUAUGGUGAGCUGUUAAUGCCUUCAAUUAAGGAAUGUGCGGAGGUAGCUGUACGCACUCAACGUGAGGCACUGUGGUUCCUUAAAGACAUGGUUAAGUCACCAUAUUACACCAUGGAUGAGGAGGGGCAUGCUUUGAGUAUCCUUCAGGAUACAUUUCUUGCCAAUGUCCCUAUGAGUCAGAAUAAUUUCCGACCAAAAUGCAUAUAUGUUGCUCUUAUGUUGAGGCGCAUGAUGGAAGCUAUCUUAAACAAGGAUGCAAUAGAUGACAAGGAUUACGUGGGAAACAAGCGAUUGGAACUAUCCGGCCAGAUGCUCUCGUUACUUUUUGAGGACUUGUUCAAGACAUUGAAUGCCGAAGUCCGCAAUACAAUUGAUAAGAAGUUAGCAAGGUCAAAUCAAUUUUUUGACAUUUCUCAGAGUAUAGUGAAAGAUAGCAUUACUGUUGGUCUAGAAAGAUCUCUUUCUACUGGAAAUUGGGAUAUCAGAAGAUUCAGGUAUCACCGCAAGGGAAUGACACAGGUUGUUGCCAGGGGCUCUUAUGUUGCAACUUUGGGUCAAUUGACAAGGAUUCAUCCACAAUUUGAAAAAUCAAGAAAAGUUAGCGGCCCAAGAGCUCUACAACCCAGCCAGUGGGGCAUGUUGUGCCCAUGUGAUACCCCUGAAGGUGAAGGCACUGGAUUGGUGAAAAAUCUUGCAUUGAUGACUCAUGUAACUACUGAUGAGGACGAAGGACCUCUCAUGUCUCUGUGCUACUCUCUUGGUGUAGAAGAACUGGAUUCACUCUCAGGUGAAGAACUACAUGUACCAAACUCCUAUUUGAUUAUACUCAACGGACUUAUUCUUGGAAAGCACAGGAAGCCGGAGAGAUUUGCCAAUGCAAUGAGAAAACUGCGAAGGGUUGGUAGAAUUGGCGAGUUCAUAAGCGUCUUUGUGAAUAGAACACAGCGUCGUGUUUACAUUGCUUCAGAUGGUGGACGUGUCUGCCGUCCACUUGUAAUUGCAGACCAAGGCGUGUCAAGAAUUAAGGAGCACCAUAUGAAGGAAUUGAAGGAUGGACUCCGUACGUUUGACAGUUUUCUGAAAGAAGGCUUGGUCGAAUAUCUUGAUGCCAAUGAGGAAAACAAUGCUUUGAUUGCCUUAUAUGAAAAGGAUGCUAAUGAAAGAACAACCCAUAUCGAGAUUGAGCCUUUUACCAUACUGGGUGUGGUUGCUGGGCUGAUCCCAUAUCCUCAUCAUAACCAGUCACCAAGAAAUACAUAUCAGUGUGCUAUGGGUAAGCAGGCUAUGGGCAACAUUGCAUAUAAUCAGUUAUGUAGGAUGGAUACUUUAGUGUACCUCUUAGUUUAUCCACAACGGCCAUUACUAACGACACGAGCUAUUGAGCUGAUCAACUACGAUAAACUGGGAGCUGGACAGAAUGCAACUGUCGCAGUCAUGAGUUAUAGUGGAUACGACAUAGAGGAUGCAAUUGUAAUGAAUAAAUCGUCCUUGGAUCAUGGUUUUGGGCGCUGCAUUGUAAUGAAAAGAACGUCUGCAGUUAUCCAGAAAUAUGAGAAUGGCACUUCUGACUGUAUUAUGGGGCCGCAAAAAGGAUCUAAAGUCAUGCAGAUUUUAGACAAUGAUGGCAUAGCUGCUCCUGGACAAAUUAUUCGGAAGGAUGAUAUCUAUAUAAACAAGCGGACUCCUAAAGUCACCAGGGGCAAACGCAAUUUUCAUGUGGAUGUGUCUGAUAGCGCAUACUAUCAUACUCCACUUAGAUACGGUGGUUCUAGUGGCGAAAACACUGUUGUGGAUAAAGUCCAACUCUGCUGUGACAGGAAUGACAAUCUAUGCAUCAAAUUAAUGAUCCGUGAUACUCGGAGGCCAGAGGUUGGUGAUAAAUUUAGCAGCCGCCACGGGCAAAAAGGAGUUUGUGGCACCAUUGUUCAGCAGGAAGAUUUACCCUUUUCAGAAAGGGGAAUAUGUCCGGACUUAAUCAUGAACCCUCAUGGAUUUCCUAGCCGUAUGACUGUGGGAAAGAUGAUAGAACUUCUUGGUAGCAAAGCUGGAGUUUCAUGUGGUAGGUUUCAUUAUGGAAGUGCAUUUGGGGAGCCUAGUGGUCAUGCAGAUAAAGUUGAAACAUUAAGUGAAACCCUUGUGAAUCACGGUUUUAGCUACAACGGCAAAGACUUCAUUUACUCAGGCAUUACUGGCGAGCCACUGCAAGCAUAUAUAUUCAUGGGUCCAAUUUAUUACCAGAAGUUAAAACACAUGGUCUUGGAUAAAAUGCAUGCUCGAGCUGGUGGGCCCAGAGUUAUGCUGACUAGACAGCCUACAGCUGGAAAGGCUAGAAAUGGAGGUUUACGUGUAGGAGAAAUGGAACGAGACUGCUUACUGGCUUUUGGAGCCAGUUUGUUAACGUACGAGCGGUUUAUGAUUUGUAGUGAUCCUUAUGAGGCCCAGGUGUGCGAGAAGUGUGGUCUCCUGGGAUAUCACAACUUUAAGCUAAAGACAGGCUAUUGUUCUACUUGUAAGGACGUGCAGAAUAUGUCCUCUGUUAAAAUGCCUUAUGCAUGCAAGCUUUUAAUCCAGGAGCUCCAGUCGAUGAAUAUUAUUCCUCGUUUGAAGUUAUCUGCCGCUUAA